UUCCGCUUCAUAUCCCUCCAGGAUCCAUCGGGUUUUCCAUUUACCGGGAUCUAUCGGAGAAUGGAUACGCCGUUCCAUUGUUUCUGUAAAUUGGAACUUUGUUACCUGAAUGUUUUUGUGUUGCGUGUUAAACUAUUUUAUUUUUCGUUCUUCAAUUAAUAAUUUUAACUUAGGAGAACUUUUACAGCUGUGAUAAUGGCCGACCAACAGUUUUGUUUGAGGUGGAACAACCAUCAAAAUACUUUGAUAUCAGUUUUUGACACGUUACUUGAGGGGGAAAUUCUUGUUGACUGCACAUUAGCAGCUGAGGGGAAGUUUUUACGGGCUCACAAAGUGGUGUUAUCUGCUUGUAGCCCGUUUUUUAGUGACCUGCUGCGACAACACUAUGAGCAACAUCCUAUACUCAUCAUGAAAGAUGUAAAGUUCGACCAACUGAAAGCAAUGCUGGAUUACAUGUAUAGAGGAGAGGUCAAGAUUUCUCAAGAUCAGCUUGGUACUUUCUUGAAAGCUGCAGAGUCACUUCAAAUCAAGGGACUGUCAGAUAGUGCUCCAAAUCAUGAGGUUCAGCCAAAACUUAAACUGAACGACACAAGAACCUCACGGCCUCCAUCAAAGCCUGAUGAGGAACCCAUGACGCCUAGAAGCAAUAAUUUAAGUCCACCACCACGGCGGAAGAGGCGUCGGCAUCCUUCUGGCAGUGAGGAUGAUGUUACUGAAGAGAGUUCCAGUGAAUUAGUAUUAGAUCCCAGCUCCUCUCCUCCGCCUAGGGUGUCUGUUAAUUCUAGGUUAACUAACCCUUCCUCCCCUCCGAUUGCACCUAAAGAUUGUAGUUCUGUCCCACCUGAUGAAGUGACUAGUCGGCCUCCACCAUUUUUAACUACAUCAAUGUUUAGUGAAAGUGACCCAUCAAAUCAACAAUCAGCCUCAUUGGUAGAUAGUGUACUGUGUGAACCAAAAUCUGAAUUCAUUGAACUAGAUGAUGAUGAUGAAGAUAUGACCCCCGAAGAUGCUGUAGAGGCAGGACCAUCACAUAAAACUGAUGGAGGAGGUUACAGCUGGCAUAUGGAGAGACCAGAAGACUCCUUCCUGUCACAAGAAUCUCUUGGAGGCCACAGAAACGCGCAGGCCAAUGCCAAAAUGUCUGGAUCAAGAUCCACACCACCAUGGCCGGACUUUCACGAAUGUCCAAUAUGUGGUCGUCUCUACAAAUACAGGAGUACUUUAUACCGUCACGUUCGUUACGAGUGUGGUGGAGCACGUAUGAAGCUUGUGUGUCCCAUUUGCGGGCGUCGCUUUUCCCGACCGGAUAAUCUACGUCAACAUGCUAUAACCCACACUAGUGCACACGGGUUGACCUCUAAUGUUGCCCACGCUGAAACAAGUUGAACUUUCUCACCAGACUGUUAUUAUAACAGUUGAACCUUUAAUUGACACAUUUAUUGAUUUUAAAGUAAAACAGUUUGUGAAAUUAGUAUUUAACCAAAGUAAUCACAUUUAGUGUGAUUUAACAUGGCACAGAAAAGCUGUACUGUUAAAUUGUUAAAUAAUUUAUAGUUUUAAGGAUUGUAAAAAUGGGUUCUACUAGAAAUGUGCAUAUAACUUAACUAACUAGUCAUGGAAUCAGGCACAUGUGUUCUUUCUCAAAUUCAAGGGUUUACGUUGUCACAAAAGUAGUAGAUCUAAUCAUGUGUGACAAACUUGAACCAUAUUCACGUUUCUUUAGAAAUUAUGACUGUGAUGGCUUUCAUUAGGUAUGUGGAAGCAUAUUUUGUACAUGUAUUUCCUUAUUGCAUUGACUUUUCUUUUUCUAGUCUAUCUUAUAGUCAUGUUCUUGGAAUUUUCAUCUUAUUCUUUCAACAGUCAUCAAAACAGGCGCAUUUUUUCUUUUUGGUCAGGAGCUGUUAGCAUUCCAGUACUACUAAUGUAAGCCUACCGGGCAAGAAAACACAUAAAAAGAACUGCACGCUAAUUAUCAGUAUUGUAACUUCUGUAUUAAUUGUUUGCCGGACAUAUAUUUCUCAAAAAUGUUUUGGACAAGAAUUAUCAGUUUAUUAGAAUACUGUAUCCAAGCUUUUUUUAAAAUGGCAAGCGACAUUCCUUCGCAGUUAUAUCAAAUCUUGGAGUACAGGGUGAGUGCUGAGUUUUGAGUGCCAAACUCUUGUGUAGCUUUCAUUUUAGCGUAAGUAUAACUCAUUUUAACAUCUACUGUGCCUUAGCUCUCUUAUUUUUAGCAAACCACAGUUUUGCUAUCCAUAAUUUUUUAUUAUUUGUUAACAAACUUUUUAACUGAAAUUCCAAUUGUAAUUUUAUCGUUAACCUUGAGGUAUUCUUUACUAGAGGUAAUAAAGAAAAGACACAUUUUC